AGGCCGCAGCCAUCUUGGAUGAGCGCCGCUACGCACCGAGCAAGCGAGCAAAGGACGGACGCCGUUAACGACGGGAGCUAGCUAGCUAGCGUUAGCUGUUCGGUCAGAUUAUCUACGUAAUGCGACUAUGGUUUAUAUACCUUCUUUAAGUCCCUUAAACGACACCUAAAGUGUGUAGAGAUGGAUUUAAGACGUGUCCGGCGGUGAUAGUUGUGUUUUGGAAGCGGGCGGAGGCGUUGCAGACCCUCGGUAUUAUUAAAUUUUCCAGAUAGAGAAGAGUUACUAUGAAUGGAGGAUAAAUGUUGCCGAAGGCUGAUAGCAGCAGUUUCCUCCUCUUUUCUCUUCUCUUCGUCCUCACCGUAACGGACUCGCCUGGGACAGGUCCACGGCUAGUCCAAGCGAGAUUAUUGUCAGAGCCGCGUUGUAGUCCCGGGCAGUUUGCCUGCCACAGUGGGAAGAUCCAGUGCAUUCCCAUAGCCUGGCAGUGCGAUGGCUGGACAGAAUGCGAGGACGGGAGCGAUGAAAUCGGCUGUCUGUCUUCAACAGAGGAGAGAAUUCAUUUUCGGGAUGGAUAUGAACAGGUAGAAGAUGUCAUCGGUGUUCCCCAACCAGUGCGCUUUAACAAGAAAUGUCCCAGCGGGUGGCACCACUACGAGAAAACAGCCAGCUGCUACAAAGUCUACAUGAGAAGUGAGAACUACUGGCAGGCCGUGGACACGUGUCAGAAGGUCAACGGCUCUCUGGCGACGUUCGUGACCAACGAGGAGCUGCAGUUCAUCCUGAAGAUUGAGGUGGACUUUGACGACAAAGUCUGCAGAGAUCAGUGCAAUUUUUGGGUGGGGUACCAGUACGUGAUCACCAAUGAGAGCCACACGCUGAAAGGCCGAUGGGAAGUGGCUUACAAAGGGUCCAUGCAGGUGUUUUUGCCCCCUGAGGGUCUAGCCAAACUCGGGGAGACGUCUCUUUCUCAGGACAACGUCUUCUGCGCUCAGCUGCAGCGCUUUCAGAUGAAGAACAUCAACGAGCGAGGGUUCCACAGCUGGCACGUGGAAAACUGCUACAAGAAGUUCCCCUUUCUGUGCAAGAGGAAUGUUGUUUCCCCGCUCCCAUUAGGACAAACCUGCGUGGACAUAAAGGACAACGUGGUGAAUGAAGGCUACUACUUCACCCCCAAGGGGGACGACCCGUGUUUGAGCUGCACGUGUCACGAUGGCGAGCCGGAGAUGUGCGUUGCGGCGCUUUGCGAGCGACCGCAGGGCUGCACGCACUUUCGCAAGGACCCCAAAGAGUGCUGCAAGUUCACCUGCCUGGAUAUAGGUGGAAACAGUCUGUUCGACUCCAUGGCGAGCGGGAUGAGGCUGAUCGUCAGCUGCAUCUCCUCCUUCCUCAUCCUCUCCCUGCUGCUCUUCAUGGUGCACAGGCUCCGUCAGAGAAGGCGGGAACGGAUCGAGACGCUGAUUGGCGGCAACCUGCACCACUUCAACCUCGGCAGACGAGUGCCGGGCUUUGACUACGGCCCGGACGCCUUCGGGACCGGUCUCACUCCUCUGCAUCUGUCCGAUGAUGGAGAGGGUGGAGCCUUUCACUUCCAGGAGCCGCCUCCACCCUACGCAGCCUACAAAUACCCAGACAUCCAUCAUCCGGACGACCCUCCUCCGCCAUAUGAAGCCUCCAUCAACCCAGACAGUUUCCUCUACGUGGACCUUGGACACACGGGGGUCCCCAUGGUGCCGAGCCAAAUGAACGCCAUGGGAGACGGGCUCCAGGUCGACGGUCCGAACAGCUCUGCUCCCAUCCACGACUCUGCGCUGCCCUCCCAGGAGAGGGCGGACUCCAUAGACAGCAGCACGCUCCUGGUGGGGCCCGACACGCCAACAGACGAGCAGGCCCCACCUCCUGUGGGGGCGGACCACACGUCCUCCCUCAGCACUGUCAUAUAGGACUAAGAGGAUGGGUGGAGAAGGUCGCAGGCGUUUACUGGCAUUUUUUCAUCGACUGUAGGGGGGGGGACCAAGUGUACAGAAAUAUCGGUUGGUGGAGCUGCCACUUUUCUUCAAGUCGUUUUACAGCAAGGUGGGGGUUUUUGUGCAAACACAUGCAUUUUUCAGCUUUUUUCCCUCUGAACUGUAACAUGUGAAAAAGCACAGAUUCUGCACACAAAGGAAAAAACAACACAAAAAUCAAAGCAAUUGUUUCAGGCUGAGAGGUCUCUCUUUUCCCGCUGACUGAGCAAACCUGAAAAAAAGAUUUGUCAAGAGAUCCUGCUGUAAAUACCCUCCUGGGUUCCUGCUCAUCAGAGCUGCACCUUUCAGCCCAAACCCAGGGCAAAAUGUGGACCCUCUAUGACAUGUGCAUCAAGGCUGCAAUAACCACACCCACAGCAAAUUUACAAUUCCUUCAUAAAAAGGUCAUGUUGCUAAUUAUGUUGUUGAACUCUGAGAAGGUACUGGAAGUUUCCUGCUGUUCUUUUUUUCUUGGGUGGGGGGGUAAAGAAAGCUUUAGGUAUCAAAUAGAUUCUGAAUUGUGUUUAAAGUGAUAAUUUAUGACUGCAGAGUGUAUUCUGUUGUAGAUUUAGGCUGGUUUGUGAUGGGAUCGACUUCUCAAAAGGUUUGUGUGAACAUUUGGGCUCAAACUGGGAUUUGAUUUGUUAAAAAAGAAUCAAAGGAUGAGGUCAUCGUAUUAACAAGCAAAUCACCUUUAUUUCAUCACGUGGAUGAAUUUCCCGGGAUAACUUGGCCUCUCGUCUUUUCAGUAAAUGUUAAUUUGUGAGGAUCAGUCUUUGCAUCUGGAUGCUGUGUGUCUUUAGGUUAACGUGUGGAGACGAUGCUGCUGACUGUAGCGGAGAAGGGUUUUUGAUUCUGUUUUUUUUUCUUAAUUUGUUUUUAUUAUAUAGCAUAAAGAGCAAAACUCCUCAUUUGGAACAAUCAUUUGAUCUCCUCCUGGAUGAGGUUCCCAAAGCUGUAAGAACCUGGACUAUCUUCUCAACCACCAGCAUCCCAAAAAACUGCUCAGCUCCGAUCAGAAUAAAUAUGUUGGAAUGUAUUGAAUGUCACAUGAUUUUGUCAAAAUUCAUGCAAUUUCUUUUGUUUGUUGCAUUGACAAUCCACAGUGGAUUAUCCAAUAAACAAGUGUGCAUGUGUGUUUUAAAAAAAAAAUGGAACCACACAUAAACACUGUUCAGUUUUUUUUUUAUUUUGUCAUUUUUUGAGACUUUGGUGCAUGUUUUUAGCUUUUGGCAUGCAAAGAGCCAUUUUUUUUUUUUAUUUUUUUUUUGUUGAAGCAUCUUUGACUUGUAAAAGGUUCAGCAUCUCCUCAUGAACUGUAAACGUGCUCUUUACCCAAAUGGAUUUCUAGCCUCCGCUACGCCUGGACUCAUUUUUCUGAGAGCGGUUUGGGAUGUUUUAAAUGUAAAAACAACUAAUGCUAAAUAAAUUUUAUUGUCUCAUUUGAUAGCCUUUAAAUUAAAAAAAAAAGAUGCUUUAAA